AAGGGGGUAGUAGGUAACCGUAGGGCUGGUUGCUGAUCGCCGGCAGUCGUCGCUGCGGCGUUGCUGCAGUUUGUACAUCGAAUUGUUUUCGUCUUUAUUAAUUAAAAGACAAAGCACACGAUACGAAAUUAACUCGAAUCUAAUCGGUGGUAGUAGUGGUGCUUCCAUAUAAUAAAAUCAAAUUAAAUGAAAAUCUAAUAAUAAGAAGAAAAAGAUAACUAAAUAAAUAAAUAAAUAGAUAGAUAGAUAGAUAGUUAGAUAAAUAAAAGAUUAGAUUAACGUCAACUUAUAAUUGUCAGUUUAAUUUUAUACAAAUUAAACAAAAAUAUAUAUAUAUAUUUUCUAUAGAAAUAGAGGAAUGUUCGAAACAGACCGUUUAAUAAAAUAUAUUUUUUUGUUUGAAAGAAUAAUAAUUUGAAAUCGUCCAAUCCCCCCUAUUGUACUUAAAGUUCGUGUUAGAGAGUGAAUUCGAGUUUGAUAUUAGACAAGAUAAAAAAUAUUUGAGAUAAAUCUGAAUCAUCGGCCAUAUGGAUUAGGAUAAGGAAAAAGGAUAUUUCACAUGGAUCUGUUUUUUAACAUUGAAAAGAAGAAGUAUACGGAAUGGCAAGGACGAUAUGAAUGAUUCAUCGACGGUAAUCGAGCAAGAGCUCGAUAUGGAAGUACCACAAGUCGAGGACAACAAUUUGAAAGUAUUGCCAAUGCAAAAUGUGGCACGACAAGAUUCGGGAGUACCAGAGGAUCUUGUUUCACCGGUUUGUGAUAUUAACAAGUCGUUGGACGAUGAGGACCCAAAUGGUACUAUGAACAGUGACUGUAACAUUACCGUAAUUCACGUUACGGAAUCGGAAACUCGUAAUAAGGAAGAGGAUCGAUCAUCGUCAACGUCAUUGGCUACUGUUGAUAGAAAAGAAUAUACUGGGGAGAGCAAGGAUAGCAAAGAUGGUAGUGAUAGUGGAGUUGAGGGUUGUGCAACUGAAGUUCCAAGAGUACGUAGCCGAAACAGUAUAGACUAUGCCAGCAGUUGUGGAGGUUUGGAUGAAGCAUCGUGUGAUUCGAGUUUAGUUAGUUGUUGUUCUGUAUACGAAGACCCAUGUGCAACGCUUCCAGACGACGUAAGAUUAACAACAGGUGGUGAAGGUACGAGUGAAGGUGGUAGCGAAAGUUCAUCAAUAGCUGGUAGCGUAUCGGCUAGAGGAAAUCGUAGUAGUAACAUUAAAAGAACCUCAUCAGUGUCAAGUUCGAGUAAGAAAAAGGCAGUCAAUUGUGAGACCCCAAAAACUAGUCGGAUUAAACCAGCAUUGUUGAACGCUAAUUACGUACCAACUACACCACGUUCUAAACCAAGGGUCGCAACACCUAGAAAUAUUCUUAACAAGGUGCAACCGGUUGUAAGAGAUCGUGCAAGAUCUAGGGACAAGUCAACGGCAAGAGAAUCAAAUUGUGAUUCAGUUACGUCAGGAGGAAAUACACGUAACACUUCAAAUUUUCGUUCUACCACUAAUUCGACAUCGCAAAGAACGAGAACAAGACCAAUACCACCUGACUCACUGCCAUCCGUAUUGACUACAGAAAUUAAUAAGGAUCUUGCUCAACGUGGUAGAGGUACUAAUAGUGGUUCAAGAUCACGAGGUGGUUCUAGUACUAGGAUUACGCGUACACCAGGUUCUACGCCAUCCGAGGAAACGCGUAAACCAUUGACAGCGUCGCGUACUUUGUAUAAUUCUGGUAGAACCGAACAACCAACGAAAAAUAAUCGUCUUGAUAAGAUAACCGUAAGUUUGGAUAACAAGGCGUUAGAUGCUUAUGCAACGUUACCACGUAGGAAUAAGACCAAAAUGACUAUUGCUAAAACAAAUGAAAAAACUAAUGAUAAAACGAUUAGGAGCAGAUCUGGUAGCAGGGAUGGUAGUCUUGGUAGACAACCAGAUAAAAAGACUAUUAAUAAUACUAGAGAUUUCGUUCACAAAAGUUUACCACCUUAUCCUAGAAAUAAACCCAUAGAAAAAACAAGGAUUUAUCAUGAAAUCGGCAUACAAACGGGUCUUACUGGUAACGAUAUUGACAAUGCAUUAUCUGGAAUACCCAGUGCAAUACCAGGACCUGAAAUAAUAGAACGUUUACACAAAAAUGUUCAAACUGAUGGAACUUGGGAGGACAUGCAGACCAUGCAGAAUGAUUUGAAACGUUUGAAUGAGGAUGUUAACGCGAAAAAGGAAGAAAAUGAAAAACUCAAAACGGAGUUAACUGAAGUUAAACGUCUUUUAGAAGAGGAACAAGCUGACCAUGCUUUUGCUAGGCAAGAAUUAGACAGAAAUGCUAGAAGGGUAUUGGCGAUGUUAGGAACACCACAAUCGGAACACGCGGAGGGUAGCGACAGCUUUUUAGAAUUGGAGUCACAUUUGCAAUCAUCGGGACAAGUUGUAGCAAAUCAACAAGUCGAAAUAGCCGACUUGCAAUCACUUUGUCGUAUGCUUAGCAGGGAUUUGGACAAGAGUUUAGCAGCACAAAAAGCAUUGUUACAACAACAGCAAGAAUUAGAAGCGGAAUCAGCAGAAAUGCAAGAUUUUCUUCAACAAGAAAAAACUACUCUGGCCGAUGCAUUAAAGGAUGCCGAAACUGAGCUCAAGAAGAAAGAAGUAGCUUUGAUUCAACGCGAAGCAGAAUUGGAAAGGCAGACAGAGGAAUGCAAACAUUUAGUUCGAAUCAGUGAACAGAGAAGGCAAGAAAAUUUAUCAUUGAACAUGAAAUUGAAUGCAGUCGAACGAAAAGGUAGAGAAUUGUUGCUUACCCAAGGUGCAACUAUUUCCGGUGCAGCAGUGGCCCUUUCUGGUCUUGGCACGCGAUUGGAAGGAUUGGUAGAUCAGUUAAUAACUUCUUACAAUAUUUCAGUUAAGGAUUUGGAGGAUGUGAUCUAUCAUAACGAAGCAUACAGUCGAAGCAACAGUAGCAUGGAAUCCAGUCCGGUUAGUUCUAAGCAUAGCUUGAAAGAAUGCACUCCUAGUCCAAAAAGUGGUUCCUUCGUUUCCGCAGUUAUCGGUGCUAUCCGUAACGCUGCUACUCAUCCUUUUGUAACCAAAACUGUGGAUAAAAAAUCUUCUUUGGAAUCGGCCACCAAACAAAUGUACAAAGACAUAAGUAUGGAUUCGUCUUCCGAUUUACUUGAUUUUGAAACUGAACCGUGUCUGAUGAUGGAAAGUGUAUUAGAGGAUGUUACUUUACCUGAUACUUAUUCGCAUAAUAUGAUCUCUAGCAGCGACUCGCUUCGUAGAGCUUUAAGCUUUCCCGAAACAGUCGAUGAAAAUAAUAUUAAAAAAAGUAAAACAUUAGACGAGUGUACGAGCCUGACGAAUCUCACGCAAGCGAUAUUACAUCGUAGAAAAGUACAAGAUGAGGAAGAAGACGAAUGUGAAUCUAUAAGUGAAUCAGACACUGGGACCAAUGAAGGACCUCUUCCAUUAACGGAUUAUUGUCCUGCAGUAAGCCUUGUUGAUCAAGUAAUAGAUGUUGAUAAUCUUGUAACUAAACUUUUAAAAGUAUUGCGGAUAAUACAGCUUGAAAAUGAUACUUGUAUACAAGAAUUAAAAGAAGAAAAAUGUGAUUUUGAAACAAGAUUAGAAGUUGCCUUGACCGAAUUAAACGAGCUACGUAAGAUCAUAGAUGGUACCUAUCAAUCGGAAGAUAUUUUAUGCAAUGUGCCAGAUAGAAAACGUAGCGUUGUGGAAAAUUGUCGUCUACUUAUCAAGGAGGCGGUUAAGGAGGAAUUAAAAUUUGAUGAUGAGUCCGCAGACGCUAAUAAUAUUGGCUCACCGGAUGCUAAAAACUGUGCUGAAGAUCUCAACGCUAACGAAGAAGCCCAAAUCUCUUCUGUUUAAUUUUCAAGUAUUUCAAAAUACUUUUUUUUUUUCUCUCGAUAAUUUACAACAACAAGAACAACUACAAUUCUGGA